UCACCCAGUCGCCGACGCCCCUCGGCUCCAGAAACCGGCACCCUCGCCUCUUCUGGCGUGCCCCUGAUCAGGCUCGAUCUUUUUUAAGGGACUCUGGUGCGAAACAACUGCAAUGACUUCGAAUGCUUUUGACCCUUGGGACAUGUGACUACUUCCCCUUCUUCACCCUCUUCAUUACUAAAGAAUACCACCCUCGACGAGAAUUACUUUUUUGGCUUUCCAGUCAUUGUUCAACUUUACGUUUCGUUUUCUGACGAAAGAUGAGGAAAAAGAUACGGCUGGCACAAAGCAAGGAUGACCUUCAUGAUCUUGGUUCGGACGAUCUACUGAGCCGAUUGUCAGAUGAUAUUCUUGUUUCUAUUCUGUCGUAUUUGCCUCUAAAGGAUGCAGCAGUCACCAGUAAGCUUUCAAGAAGAUGGAGGUACUUGUGGUGUCAAAGAGUUUGCAUAGCCUUCGAGGACAACGAAGGAUCGGGUAAGAUAAGAAGGGAACAAGAUUCGAGUACUUUGAAUGAGUGGAACAAGUACACCAGUUUUUGUUUGGCCGAGAGGAACAAUUACAUCAAUUGGGUUAACCGCAUUAUUCGUCAGCACAAGAGCCCCAUCAUUGACGAGUUUAAGAUUUGUUUUGAUUUGGACAAGAAUGCAAAGGGUGCAAUUCGUAAAUGGAUUGAGUUUGCAAUUUCUAAAAAUGUUCAGAGGUUAGAAUUGGAUUUGAGACAAAAAAAUGGGCUUAUUAGCUAUGGUUGGAAAAACUAUGUUUUUCCGAAUAAAAUCUUUGAUCGAAAAUGUGGGUCCUCAUCAAAACGACCAUCUUUCAAUGCUCUUGUCAGGCCCUAUGCUACAGUUAUGGAGAUAAAGUUUCUCAAGGCUCUCAUCUUGAAGCGUGUUGAUGUGGAUGAUGAAGGCCUAAAGAAAAUUCUGAGCAACUGUCCGGUCCUUGAACAUCUAUCCAUUCAGGGCUCAUGCCAAUUAGUGAAAGCUAAAAUCGAUGGAGAAGGGCUUGCGCUGAAAAAACUUGAGAUUGGUGGAUGCUCUGCUAGACUUGAAUCUAUUGAGAUAUGUGAUUCAAAUAUUGUGUCGCUUGAUUGCUGGGGGUCCAAUUGCAAGAGAUUUCCAAUUAGUUUAAGACUCGAUAAUCUUCAAAAGCUUGAAAAGAUUUUUAUUAGGAAAUGCUAUUCAUUGAAGAUCAUUAAUCAUAUGUUUUGCUGCUUACCAAAUCUCCGAGUUCUUGAGUUGAGCCUCUUCAGUACACAGAGGGCUAUAGAGCUUCUUCCGUUCCCUGAGCUACCAAAACUUAAAAAGCUGAUAAUAAAUGUGGAAGUACGGGAGGACGUUAGUCUUCUUGUGUUCACUUCCUUGGUGGAAGCUUGCCCAAAUUUGCGAAGAUUUAAAAUUGAGUUGCAGCUGAUGUCCUCAAUGAGGCGAAGAAAGGAAAAUAGGGAGGAAAGGCAAGUGGCUAAGAAACCGCAUCAACAUCUGGAGGUGGUGGAGAUAAGUGGCUAUUAUGGGAUGACCGGGCACCUUGAACUUGCAACAUAUUUCAUCGAAAAUGGUGUUGUGCUGAAGAAGCUUAUAAUAAAACCACUUAUUUUAGCAAGCCCUUCAGCAGAUGGAACACUGGAGGUGGAGAAUGGUCCUAGAUAUCAUGCACAACAGCACUUGGAACCAAGAACACCUGUUGGCCUGGAGUUGGUAAUAUUAUAAACCUUCAAAAAGACCUGUAUCAGGAAUUGAUUCAAGUUUCUAUUACUAUUGACUUUGGAUUGAUGGCUUUCAAGCUGUUGGAUUUUCUUUUCGUCUUUAUGGCUUGAUCGUACAUGAACUAUAUUUUCUUCAAA